AACGCGUCGCUUCCUGUCACUUCCUAGAUAUGGACAAAGAGCCCUGUCGACAAUGGCACGCGUCGUCACGUGGGCUGAAGUGCAGCAGCAUGGCAAGGAGGACGAUCUCUGGCUGGUGGUCAACAAUGAAGUGUACGACAUGACAGCCUUUGCGGGCGAGCAUCCCGGCGGGCCAGAGAUUAUUUUCGAGCACGCGGGCCGCGACGCCACUGCGUCGUACGGUUCGGUGCACAGCUCAUCGCUGAUUCGCAAGGAACUUGGCAAGACGUCAGCAUUCAUCGGCAAUAUCGAUCGGUCCACGAUCCCGCCACCCGGACCAGCUGAAUCUCACAUGGAGGUCACGAGCAGCAGCAAUGGCAGACCCCAGCUCGACGAGCUCAUCAACCUCGACGACUUUGAAAAGGCCGCCUCGAUGUCCUUCACACCGAAAGCCUGGGCCUAUAUCCACGGCGGCUCGAACGACAACAUCACCCGCGAUGCGAACCAGGCCUAUCUCUGGCGGAUCUGGCUGCGGCCAGCGGUCAUGCGGAAUGUGAGCAAGCAGCCCGACACUUCCACGACCCUGUUUGGCUGCAGGCUCAGCAUGCCGGUCUACAUGUCGCCUACGGGCGCGGUCAAGAUGGCUGGCGGGGAGGGUGAGCUCGACCAGGCACGCGCCGCCCACAAGACGGGCAUCGUGCAGUGCUUCGCGACGCCGAGCUCGUACCCGCACGAUGAGAUCCUCGAGGCCACGCCGGAGCGCGCGUGGUUCCAGCUGUACGUGGACAAGGAUAGGAAAAAGUCGGAGCAGGCGAUCAGGAGAGCCGAGGCGUCGGGCAAAGUCAAGGCGCUAUUCGUGACGGUGGACUGCCCCGUGAUCUCGAAGCGCGAGGCCGACGAGCGGGUCGUCAAUCCGGGUGGCGGCAGCAAGCGUGACAAGAAGGGUGCCGGGUUCACGAGGCAGGGCAGCUCGUUCAUCGACGCGAGUCUGUCGUGGGACGACGUGCCGUGGCUGCGGCGGACGACGCGGCUGCCGAUUGUGAUCAAGGGGAUCCAGCGGUGGGAAGACGCGGUCGAGGCGAUGCACCGGGGAGUCGACGGCAUCGUGGUCAGCAACCACGGUGGGCGGGCGGCGGACACGGCGCCACCGUCGAUUGUGGCGCUGCUCGAGCUGCGCCGGCACUGCCCACAGGUGUUUGCGCGGAUGAAGGUGCUGGUGGACGGCGGGUUCCGUAGAGGCUCCGACGUGGUCAAGGCGCUGUGCCUGGGCGCCUCGGCGGUGGGCUUCGGGCGGCCUUUCAUGUAUGCCGUCAACUAUGGCGAGGAGGGCGUGGAGCACCUCGCGGGGAUCCUGCACGACGAGAUCCGGACGGCCAUGCAGCUGUGCGGGAUGACCGACCUUGGCAAGGAUGCCGCGCCGGAGCUGGUCAACACGGCCGAGGUGGAGCACAUGGUGUAUCGUGGAGAGAGGUCGAGGCUGUAGUUUCAUAAAAUGUGAGUCUACACGACUUGCUGUAUAUAACAAAAG